AUGUUGAAAGGAACCGCUAUUAAGCGUUCUUGGACCGGUCUAAGAAGACUAUAUGCCACAGACGUUUCCAGCACUAAAUUCAAACAGAUAUAUCAUGCUGAUCCAUUGGAUAGCAAGAAUGAUAGAUUGGAUACAUUUCAAAGAAGGCACCUCGGACCUAAUCCUAAAGAUGUGGACGAAAUGCUCAAGACAGUCAAUUCUAAUUAUAACGAUCUAAGCGAUUUUGUCAACGACAUGGUUCCUAGCAAAAUUUUAGGCAUGAAAGAUGGUUUAAAAUUUAAGUCCUCGCCAAAGGGUGUCUUUAAUGAGACUGCUAUGUUAAACCAUUUGGCUCAAAUAGCUGAGAAAAAUAACUAUAAAGUUAAGAACUAUAUUGGUAAGGGCUACUAUGAUACAAUUCUGCCACCAGUGAUUCAAAGAAAUGUCUUAGAGUGUCCAGAAUGGUAUACUUCAUACACACCAUAUCAACCCGAAAUAUCUCAGGGUAGAUUGGAAUCUCUUUUAAAUUUCCAAACUGUGGUGAGUGAUUUGACGGGUUUGCCUGUUGCAAAUUCCUCUUUACUGGAUGAAGGUACUGCAGCCGGUGAAGCGAUGCUGUUAUCAUACCAUUCCUUGAAAUCUAAAAAGAUCAAAAAGUCAUCUCCAAAUCAAAAAUUAAAUUUCAUUAUAGAUAAGAAUUUGCAUCCACAAACGAAAUCUGUUCUGAAAACUAGAGCAAAACCGUUCAAUAUCGAGCUUUUGGAAAUCGACUUUAAUGAGCUGUCCAAUAAAGAGAUCGAGGAUAAGCUUUCUAAAGAACUGUUGGAUAAUUCAUUUGGUGGUCUUGUUCAAUAUCCUGAUACCAAUGGUAACAUACCAACUACUGAUAAAUUAAACACUAUAUCUGGUCUUUUGCAUUCCAGUAACUGUUUGUUUUCUGUCGCAACGGACUUACUUGCGUUGACCCUCCUAGAACCUCCAUCUACUUUUGGUGCCGAUAUAUGUCUUGGCUCAUCACAAAGAUUUGGUGUGCCUCUAGCUUAUGGUGGGCCACAUGCUGCCUUCUUUUCUGUUACAGAAAAGCUAAACAGAAAAAUUCCUGGUAGAAUUGUUGGUGUUUCGAAAGACAGACUCGGUAAUACUGCUCUUAGAUUGGCACUGCAGACCAGAGAGCAACACAUUAAGCGUGAUAAGGCCACUUCAAAUAUUUGCACAGCACAAGCUUUGUUAGCCAAUGUGUCUGCUAACUACUGUGUGUAUCACGGCCCCGAAGGACUAAAAAAUAUUGCUAAGCGUGUGUACGGUAUGACCACGGUUUUAGCAAAUGCCAUUAGUGAACAUUCUGAACAUAAGCUGUUGAACAAUAGUUGGUUUGAUACAUUAACAAUUGAACUUAAGGAAGGUACCACUGCUGACCAGUUUUUGGAAUUAGCGCUUUCAGAAUUCAAUACCAAUGUAUUUGCUGUCAAUAAUAGGACGGUAUCCAUCUCUUUUGAUGAAAAGAAAACCAUAGAUGACUUGGAGGACAUGAUAAGGCUAUUUUGCAAUCUAAAGAAGAAUUCAUCAAUAAGUAGCUCUAUUAAGGAUUCUGGAAUUCUUCCAGAAUUUCCUAAGGAAUUGCAAAGAAAGUCUCAAUUCCUACAAAAUCCUGUCUUUAAUAGAUAUCACACAGAGACAGCUAUGCUAAGAUAUUUGCAUCAUUUGCAAAGUAGGGAUCUUUCCUUAGCAAACUCUAUGAUCCCUCUGGGGUCAUGUACAAUGAAGUUGAACAGCACCUUUGAAAUGAUGCCUAUUACAUGGCCACAAUUUGCUAAUAUCCAUCCAUUCCAACCAGUUGACCAGGUUCAAGGAUAUAAGGAAUUAAUAACGGCAAUAGAGGAAGAUUUUAGCUCCAUUACUGGAUUUCAUAGUGUAUCUCUUCAGCCAAAUUCGGGAGCUCAAGGUGAGUAUACUGGUUUGAGAGUUAUUAGAUCCUAUCUCGAGGAUAUUGGAGAAGGACAUAGAAAUUUGUGUCUAAUACCAAUUUCCGCACAUGGUACUAAUCCUGCAUCAGCAGCAAUGUGCGGCUUGAAGGUUAUUCCUAUCAAUUGUUUGCAGAACGGUGCGUUGGAUUUGGCUGAUUUAAAGGAGAAGGCCGAGAAAUACAAGGACGAUAUUGCUGCAGUCAUGAUUACAUAUCCUUCCACAUAUGGUCUUUAUGAACCUGAUAUCAAGGAGGCAUUUGAUAUUGUUCAUUCUUGCGGCGGUCAGGUGUAUCUAGAUGGUGCUAACAUGAAUGCACAAGUUGGUUUAACAUCUCCAGGUGAUCUAGGAGCUGAUGUUUGUCAUCUGAACUUGCAUAAAACAUUUGCUAUUCCUCAUGGCGGUGGUGGACCUGCUGGUGCUCCAAUUUGUGUUAAAGAACAUCUGGCCCCUUUCUUACCAAGACAUGAUGUUACAGAUAUGAUUACUGAGAUUGGAUCAAACAAAUCUAUUGACUCUGUUUCGUCUGCGCCAUAUGGUAACGCAUUAGUUUUGCCUAUUUCCUAUGCGUAUGUAAAUAUGAUGGGGGAAGAAGGUCUACCAUUUUCUACAGUGAUUGCAACGUUGAAUUCGAACUAUAUGAUGGCUAGAUUAAAAGAGCACUAUAAGAUAAUGUUUGUAAAUGGUGAAGAUGUGAAGCAUUGUGCUCACGAGUUCAUCAUAGAUUUGAGAGAAUUUAAGGCAAAGGGAAUAGAGGCUAUUGAUGUUGCUAAGAGACUACAGGAUUAUGGAUUCCAUGCUCCCACUUUGGCUUUCCCAGUACCUGGUACUCUUAUGGUUGAACCUACUGAAUCUGAAAAUCGAGAAGAACUUGACAGAUUUGUUGAUUCUAUGAUUUCUAUUAGAAAAGAAAUUGAUGACUAUAUCGCGGGUAAACCGGAAGGAAUGGUGAUAAAAAAUGCUCCACAUCCUUUAUCAGAUUUAAUCUCCUCUACAGAUUGGGAAACUAGAGGAUAUACAAGAGAGCAAGCUGCCUUUCCACUUGCUUUCCUAAAGACUAGCAAAUUCUGGCCAACUGUUGCUCGUGUAGAUGACAAGUUUGGGGACACUCAUUUGAUUUGCACAUGUCCGUCUGUUGAAGAGAUGGCCGAGGAAUGA